UGUGAUCAGUGGCAUCUCAGCCGCGACUCUCGGCACAUUCUUGUGCAGCUAUCUUCGAAGCAUUUACCCCAUCUUACUGUGAUUUAAUGGUGCAUUUAUUGAGCACGUUGAGGAUCAACGGAGACUGCAGGAGCCUGGACGGGACAGGCUUUAAGAUUGAAGCGCUCAACAACUUCGCUCUGCUGUCCAGCGUGUUCUUCAAUCUGUGUAAAGCCUGUCAAGUAAAGGCCAUGGCAUCCAUCCCGCCGUCCGCAUUCUCUGCUGGACGCAUCCGGGAGACCCAGCGGGAUAUGAAGCUGUCCAACGUCAAGUCUGCCAAGGACCCUAACGCCAAGAUAUUCAACACUAACUUCAUGGAGCUAUCACCCCUGAAGUACAACAGCAAGCUGAUGAAUAGCAUCUGGGGCUUCUACAACCGGUAUUCGCCGCACAACGUGAAGAACGUCAACGAUGGCGACGCUUUCAAGGGGGAGUUGCAGCAAUCUGCUGCUAACUCCUCUAAGACCGAGCCCAUCAUCACGAUGCCGUCUGCCAAACUGGACAACGUGUGGGCCGCCAUCAACGUCUCGCAGUCUCACUAGACGUAACGUGUCAUGUGUAUAGGUCCUUAGACAUACAUUCCUAACAUAAUGUGUAUCCAUUAUACAAAUGAGAUAAACGCACAGAGGCUAACAAACUAGGUAAGGUACAGCGGGGCAAAACACAACUGGGGGCAAUUGUAACUGAUCCAUUUUUUCCGUUAUUACACUAUGAUGUUGAGUUCUACAUGUAUCCACUGAACAGUGAACACGCCUACCAUAUAUAACCAUGUAUUUAAUAAUGCAAACAUUGUAAAACAUGGAAAAAAUGGACCAGUUACAUUUGCCCCCCAGUCGAGAUUUGUCCCGUUGUACCUUAUGUAUUAAGGAUAGGCAACACCGUAUAAGUGACGAAUACGAAAAUAAAUACAUCGCUAUAUGUACAUGUGGUAUGUAAGCGCUGAUUCAGUGUGAAAAAUCAAGCGUCAAAAUUCAAACGUCUUUAGUUUAAUAGCGAAAAAUUUAACAAGGAAUUUUACAUGGUAAGAAGAAAAGUGCGACCCCGGGCUCCCAUGAGCCGUGGCAAAUGCCGGGAUAACGCAAGGAAGAUGAUGAUGAUGAUGAAGAAGAAAAGUGCGAAUCUUUAAAAUGAAUUCAACAGUCUGGAUACAUAUUU